CCACUCCAAAACAAAUACUUUUGCCUGUCUGUUGCUGUUUGCAAUUUUUUCCAUCUUUACAUCUCUCUGCAGAGAACCAGUGUAUCCUAUCAGUCCAUUUUGGCCGUAACUGGUCGAGCAAAUCAACAUGGACGGCGCUCAUAUUGAUCUCUAUGAGGUCCUCGAAGUCGAACGCAGCGCAACCAAGGAAGAGAUCCGGAAGGCUUAUCGCAAAGUAAGAAACCAUAGUGACUCGCACCCGUUAUAAGCUUAACCCGAAAUAAAUCAGGCGGCGUUAGCGAGCCAUCCAGACAAAGUCCCAGAAGAAGAACGAGAGACGGCGGAGAUCAGAUUCAAGUCCGUUCAACAAGCAUACGAUAUUCUUUACGAUGAGGAUAAACGCCAUCUGUACGACACACACGGUAUGGGCGCUUUUGACGGUUCAGGGAAUCCUGGAAUGGGUGGACAACCAGAUUUGGACGAUAUCCUAGCUCAGAUGUUUGGUGGGAUGGGUGGAAUGGGAGGUAUGCCUGGUUACGGCGGAGGAGGACGACCGCCCAAACCCAGAAAGAGCCCGGACGAGGAGACGAAAUACGAAGUCACCCUGGAAGAUCUCUACAAGGGCAAAACCGUCAAGUUUGCCAGUACCAAGAACGUGGUCUGUGGACUGUGCAAGGGCAAAGGUGGAAAGGACAAGGCUACCGCAAAACAAUGUUCGACAUGCGGCGGACAAGGAUACAAGGAAGUGCUUACUCGUAUGGGGUCGAUGUUGACUUCAUCCAUGGCCCCUUGCACCGUUUGCGAUGGACAGGGAAGCUUUUUCAGCCCCAAAGACAAAUGCAAAAAGUGUAAAGGAAAGAAGGUCACGGAGGAGAAGAAAAUGUUGGAGAUAUACAUACCUCGGGGAGCCAAGGAAGGUGAUCGAGUUGUUCUAGAAGGAGAAGCCGAUCAAGUACCCGACCAAGAGCCGGGCGACAUCGUUUUUCACCUUGUUGAGACUGAACAUCCAGUCUUCCGUCGCGCUGGUCCUGAUUUGACCGCCGAUCUCGAAAUUACCCUUGCCGAGGCCCUGGCUGGCUUCUCUCGAGUGGCUCUAAAACAUCUCGACGGGAGAGGAAUUGAGAUCACGCAUCCCAAGAAACCAGGUGAUGUCCUGUCACCAGGGCAGGUCUUGAAAAUCCCCGGAGAAGGCAUGCCACUUAAAAAGAGCGAUGCUCGUGGAGACUUGUACCUUAUAGUCGACAUCAAAUUCCCUGACAAAGAUUGGGCACCGAGUCCCGCGACGCUGGAGAAAUUAAGGGAGAUUUUACCAAAAUCGACGCACCUACCUAUUGAAGCCGAGACGGUGGAUGAAGUCGACUAUGAGUCCGAUGCCAAUAUUGAAGAAUUCGGUCAAGGGGAUCCCCGAGGAGGUUCCGGAUGGCAGGAUAAUGAAGAAGGCGAGCCGGCGCAGUGCGCGACUCAAUAGAUAGAUCUUUCAUGUCUUUUCCUCUUUCCUUUGAACUACGUGACCCUGUGCGGCAUUAUUAUAAUAUCAUCAUCUGCAUUACGAAAUCGUCAGCUCUUCGAUUCCAAGACUUGUCCGCUGAUGACAUACAUAUUUAUUGGUUGAUUUUGAGCACUCACUCCAUUCUGAUGAUAAUGCCUUAGACGAACAUGAAAAGUUUGAUUGUUUUUAUUCUUUUCUUUGGGAUAUUUUCCUACUUAGGUACGGGAUAAGCUACCAGCAUUCCAGAAA